ACGGUGACCCCAGCGCGGGGCUCGCGCUGCCGCUGGGUCCGGGCUCGCGCUGCCCGCGCUGCCGGUUGGGCCCCGGCCGCCGGGGCAGGAUGCGGCGCUACGUGCGGGUGGCGCUGCUGUGCCUGGGCUGCGGCUUGUGCUCGCUGCUCUACGGCUCCAGCCAGCUGGCCCUGGAGCAGGAGCCUGGCGGGGGGAAGCCGCAGGCCCCGGACCCCGCCGCUCCCGUCCGGAGACAGCGCGCCGGCGGCGGGAGGGCGGCGGCGGCGGCGGCGGCGGGAAGCGCAGGCCGCGGGGAGCCGGAGCUGCCAGACAGGUGUAAGAAUUUGUCUAUAUCUUACUGGAAUUCCUAUUGGAUGCUGCCCUCUGAUGUUUGUGGAAUGAACUGCUUUUGGGAAGCUGCUUUUAGAUAUGAUUUUAUGAAAACUCAGCCUGCUGAGAAGAUGCACCUAGCAGUGGUUGCCUGUGGUGAAAGGCUGGAGGAGACUGUUACUAUGUUGAAAUCAGCCAUUAUUUUCAGCAUCCAACCUCUACAGUUUCAUAUUUUUGCAGAGGGCCAACUGCACAACAGCUUCAAAGGCAUACUCAAUGGUUUGCCAUAUCAAGGAAAAUUUAAUUAUACCGUAUACCCAAUAACAUUUCCGACUGAGAGUGCAGCAGAAUGGAAGAAACUGUUUAAACCCUGUGCUUCACAAAGGCUAUUCUUGCCAUUAAUCCUCAAAGAUGUGGAUUCGUUACUGUAUGUUGAUACUGACAUCCUGUUUUUGAGACCUGUUGAUGAUAUUUGGUCUUUUCUGAAAAAAUUUAAUUCCACACAAAUUGCUGCAAUGGCACCAGAACACGAGGAACCUCGUAUUGGAUGGUAUAAUCGCUUUGCUAGACACCCAUAUUAUGGAAUAACUGGAAUAAAUUCUGGAGUAAUGCUAAUGAAUAUGACACGUAUAAGAAGAAAGUAUUUCAAGAAUGAUAUGACAACUGCUCGGCUACAGUGGGGAGAAAUUCUUAUGCCAUUGCUCAAAAAAUAUAAACUAAACAUAACGUGGGGUGAUCAAGAUCUGUUGAAUAUUAUGUUUUUUCAUAAUCCAGAGAGCCUUUUUGUCUUUCCCUGCCAAUGGAAUUACCGUCCUGACCACUGCAUUUAUGGAAGCAAUUGUAAGGAAGCUGAAGAAAAAGGAAUAUUUAUUCUUCAUGGUAACAGGGGUGUUUACCAUGAUGAUAAACAACCAACUUUUAGGGCUAUAUAUGAAGCAAUAAAGAAAUAUUCCUUUGGCGAUGACCUGGUUAAUUUCCUGUUACAGCCCCUAGAACUGGAACUGCAGAAGACAAUGCAUACAUACUGUGGAAGAAUAUACAAAGUGUUCAUAAAGCAGCUAACAAAAAGUAUAAGAGAUAUUUAUGAUAGAAGAUCAAAGGGAAGUUGAUUCUUACUACAAACUCACAAAACUAUUUAAUUUAAACAAAGACAGAAUAUAUAAAAUGUAUGAAGGAUGUUCAUGCAAGAAAUAUAAUAUUGUGUGUGCCCAGGUAAAUGUUUACCAGUGUAGAUAAAAUGAAGAAACUUCAUAUUAUGAAGAAUACAAACACUUUCCUGCGAAGAAGAUAUUUUUAAUCUUUUAAUCACUGUUAAUUUUCAUUCCAGUUCUAGUGAAUAUGGGAGUUACUGGCUGUUCUAGUCGGUUUUUUAUUCUGCAUAAUUCAGUUGUCUGUCAUACUCAAAUGGGUAAAACAGAAAUGAAGAUAGAUCUAUUGGUAGAAUGUACCUCAUACAUUAUCUAUGAUUCUGCUAAACUGUGAAUGUAGCAAUAAUUGAGUCAGCACUAACCUCACUUUAAAAGUGUGAGAACAAAGUUGUUUACAAGGGCAGAAGUUACUCUGUUUUCAAAGAAAUGUGAUGUAACUAUUGACAAUCUGUAUGUGCCUUUAGAUGUGUUCAUCUCCUAUAUGUUAAAAUAUUGUUUUGACAAUCGUGUUUCAUAUUUUAGAUGUAAACUGCACAUUAUAAACAAGAAAAGGAGUACUUGUGGCACCUUAGAGAAUAACCAAUUUAUUUGAGCAUAAGCUUUCGUGAGCUACAGCUCACUUCAUCGGAUGCAUACUGUGGAAAGUGUAGAAGAUGCUUAUUA